AUGAUCAGAAUUUGUGGCCCUAAACUAGCAAAUUGUUGCUUUUUGAUAAGCAUAUGGGGUAUUAUAAUGUUGGUGAGUUAUUUUGGCAGCGAUCUGAUUAAUUUCAUGCGUUUGUGGAGCUACGAUAGUUGACGGUGUGUCUUGUAUCUCUGUAAUUGAUGACUUCUAUUUUACUCCGUUUGUUUCAGUUGUUGUUAGGAGUAUUUUUCAGUACAAGAAGCGUAGCACUCAUAGAGGAUAUUCCUGGCAAAAUGAAAGAAUCAGAAGGUUAUAAAUCAUCGGCAAAGUUAGUAUUAAAAUUGCGUUACGAAGAGAUUGAAAUAGAGGUUAUUAAUCUUGAUAAGCAUCAGAUUAUGCAUAAACAAGCUGAGAAAGUGUUUUAGUGACACGUUUACUGAGGGAGAAUGUAAGACGCUUGAUAAACGCGUCUUACUUGAUCUCAGGGGAAUCUUAGAGAGGUGACGAGAAUUCCUGUGAUAUAAUGUAUCCAGGUUAAAAAAAUGCAUUGAAAAAUGGUUUGUACCAUGCAAACCAGAAGCAUGUGACCUAGAACAAGAUUAUAUGCUUCUGUUUAAAUAUAAUACCAUGUAAUUGUGAAAAGUGCCGUGACUGCACCUGAACACUCGUGAAUUUACUUAAAGUGGUCCAACUUCACUUGUGAUUUAUAUUAGUUUUGUUUUUGUAUGCAUCAAGGCACAUAAAUGUAUCUUUGUUAAGCCCUAUGGGGGAAACCCAGGGAAUUUUAUUGAGAUUGUUUGUAGUAUACACCAUGUCAGGCUGUAAGAACAAUAUCUUUCACAUUCACUUACACCUGACUCUCUUUUUGUACAUUACCCCAGGGGAAAAUAUCUGACUUGCAGUUGGUGACAAGGAGUGGGGAACUUGACUCUGAAUUUCAUGGGAAUUGCAAAUCCCCUUGGGUGAACCAUCACCCUGUUCCUUAAUAAUGAUCAGUUCAGAAUGGUAAUCACACAUUAUUCUACCUGAAUGCUAAAGCAAAUAAAAUUUAAAUCAAUGAUACCAUUGAGCUGCAAUGUUUGGAAGCUUUCUACCAAGUCGCACAACAUAUUUUUUUUCAGACAUAAAUUUGUGACUUUAACAUCAACCCUAAGAUUUAUAGCACUGGUGAAACUUUAAGCUUUAUUCUCUCUUAGCUGCAUCAUGAAAUAUCACUGAGUGUGAUUAAGCUUUUCAUAUUAACCAUAACAUGAUGUUAUCCGAUUUUUUACCCCACAGAAAUUGUUACAUAGCUGCUGGAAUUUAUGCUGUUACAAUGGUUGUUGCAGCACAUCAGAAAUGGGUGAAUAGUCGGACUGGAGACACACAAAAGUUGUAA